AUGGAAACGGCGAGCUUCUUAUUCGUGCUGUUUUUGGCGGCGGCGGUGUGUCCCGGCCAUAGUGCCCCGAAGUCAAGGAGAUCCCGGGCUGCUAUAGAGGAGGAGCCACCCGUGCGAGAGAGCAAGCUUGAGGACAAGUACAAAGAGGAGCUCACUACUGCCGCACCGGAGCCUACGCACAGACGGAACAAGGCACUGAACCUGUUCGGCUACUUCCCCCCCUUCAUGUCCUCCGGCCUGGACUACGCCGAGGACGACGACGAUGACGUCACCUUCUCCGUCAACGACGACAGUUUCAGCGACGAGGACCUCUCCCGAACGAUCCCCUCCACGCGCAGACAGCAGAACAAGAAGAAGAACGGCAACGCGAACGCCUACCAGAACGACAACAUAAACUCCCUGCAGUACGACAACUCGCCGAUAUUCUACAUCAGGCUGCCGCCCACGCCUUACAUGUUCGUCCCCGGGCUCGGGUACGUGUCGCAGCCGCCAUCUCUCGGGCCGCCAAUGUCGCCGAUGAUGGCCCAGGGGGUCCCAUCACAAAUGGGCGAUCCUUUCAUCAACCUGCCUCUAGACUUCGUUUCGAAUGGAAAGCCAACGGGCGUGUACCAGUGGAGCGGCGCCGGGGGAUACCCCCAAGUGCCCCAAAUGGGUCCCGUCGAUCCGUUCGGCUACGGAGCCCCACAGCCGGUAAUGCCAGCGCCAAGACCAACCUACAACACGCCAACUUACUCUAAACCCAAACCAAAACCUGUGCCCACAAAUUCUAAAGUAACCAACCUGAAAGGUCCGUUCGUCUUUAACGGGAAACCAGGUGACAGCGUCUACGUACUGAGGGACACUUACAACUCUAUAUACUCCGACGCUCUCCAGAAUUUCUACCCC